UAUAGAAACCACGUUCCACCCUGUAUAUCACCGAUAUAAAUGAAUCCGGACGUUUAAGCGUUCUAGUAGAACACACAUGUAGUAAACAACUGAGUUCAGACGCAAGAAAAUCUAUACAGUCACUUUUAAGCAACCGGAGUCAAUGCACGAUAAAUACUACUAACGAAGUAAAUAAGUACUACUGACAAAGUAAAUUAGUACUGCAGACGUGAUCGCUAUUGGAUAUUGGACAGUGAGAUAAAUGGCAUGUUACAGAAAAUUCCGGGGGUUAUGUACCGUGUGGUGUUCUGUUGAAAUACUGUUAUUUUCGGGAAUUAUUUACGGGUGGAGUUCUCUCGUUUUCAUAUUUACAAACGAAGGAUUUUAUGCAGAUCUCUGUGAGAAAAAUCUAUUACUCACUGAUGUUGAAAUUAACUUCACGCAUGGAGAGAAUACAUCAGGUAUUUAUCGUGGUGACUAUAGAAACAAUAUAACGUUCUCUGAUUCUAAUGAUGAAGAAUAUAAAGAUUGCACAGAACAAGAGAGUAGACUUGGAUUCUUUUUUUCCAUUGGUGUUGGUUUUACAUGGGCAGGAAUGGCCAUUCUCGGACCAAUGACAAAGGCACUUGGAACACGCAUAACCCGCAUUGUAAUUUUAUUGGUAUAUGAGAUUGGACUCUUUUGUCUCGCAUUUACAACAACAGAAACACCAUGGUUAAUAUGUCCAGGUCUUUGUUGUAUUGGAGUUGCUGGCCUUGCUCACUUUGCUAGUAAUAUCCAAGUAGCCAAUCUUUUCCAGGGAUUCUCGUCAACUAUUGUAGCAUUAUUUUGUGGACUCUUCGACAGUUCAUCAGUUAUUUUGCAAGUAGUAAAGAUUGCAUAUGGAUUCGGCAUUGGACGCAGGGAGUCUUUCCUAUUUUUGGCUUGCCUGUAUCUUGUUAUGAUCGGAACGAGCACUUUCUUUAUAUUGCCAAAAUGUUACAUCACCAGCGUGGAAAAGCUGGAUGAAGUUGAGAUCUGUGUUACCGGUGACAGCGUUCUUCAGUACACUGAAAUACAAAGAACUGAUAAACCAUAUAUUGUAACAAAAACUAGCCCUAAGAAAGGUGUCUUGUCUUACUUGAAAUCUAUGACAUAUAUAUCACAUGUAUGUUGGAUGACAGUUCACUGUCUGCUUUUCACUACAUUCCUGAAUUUACUGUAUAUCAGAAUAGACAAAUUAGCCAAUGGUCAGGUAUCUACAGUUAGUUACUAUGUUGGUGUAUUUGCCUAUACUACAAUGGGAUCAGGAAUAGGGUCAGUAGUUGCUGGUCUCAUCUACGAUGCUGAACGGAGAAGAUAUUCAAACUUUUCAAAAACUGAGAAGAAAUGGAAGCCAGUUGUUAUACCGAUGACAGCAUGUGGAAUAUUUAUAGCAGCCGUAUUCAGCUGUUUGCUUGUAGAAAAUAUAAGUUUUUUGUUUCCAAGUUUCGUUUUGUUCACACUAUUCCGCAAUUUUCUCUUCUCCAUUGGUGUAGCAUUUGUAAAUGAAGCAUUUCCUUCCGAGUAUUUUGGACCUCUCUAUGGUUUUAUGACUCUUAUAAAUGGUUUGUUUUCAUUGACACAAUAUGGAUUAGUCAAGUGGGCUGUAUCCUCUGAAAGUGGAAGCAAACAGGUAUAUAUUGCUUUGCUCGUUCUGGCUUCAGUUACAUUCCUACACCCACUACAGUUAUGGGUAAGGUCCAACAAAAUGAAGAAAUUUGCACAAAUGACACAUAAAAGUGAAGAGGCAGCUCCUUUACAAGAUAAGGCUUGAUACGACCUUUAUGACGAUACAUAUCAGAUCUCAGAUUCUUUUAUAUUCAGCUGAAAAGGAGGAAUGGAAUGUUUUGUUAUUGCACGUUAGUCAACGACGAACGUAUUAGAGUAUACCGUUGUCCCUUCGUUCGUCCGUCCAUCCGUCCGUUCGAAAUAUACAUGUCGCAGUGAUAAAAGAGUGCCUUCAGUGAUCUAUUUUCAUCUUUAUAAAAUUAUUAAGAAUAUUUGUCUUAGGGUCUAUACACUUGGAUGAUUAUCACUUGGUUAGGAAAAGCAUUUUUUCACAUGUCAUGCUAUAACUUAAUUAUGCCAGAAUCAAUUUACUUCAAACUUUACAAAAUUAGUACAAAUGGUGGUUACAGGGUCUAUGUAGUUUUUUUUUAAUCUAUUCGUUUUUUAACCCUAAAGAAGUAUGGGACUUUAAUCUGCAAAAUAUAAGCAACUUUUAACAUGUCCAAACUAACUCAAACAUGCCAUGGUCGAUUUAUUUAAAUUUAUACAAGCGUAUUUAGAACUCAGAUUAAAAUGAUUAAACAAGUUUUUUAGUAAAUAUGUCCAGUAAUUUCAGAGAGUAAUUUUGGACUGUACAUGAAAAACCAACCUUAAUCACUUUAUUUAUUAUGAUCAAGCGGGAUAGGCGUAUCAUGCGAACAUGGCACAACAGGUUUUUGUUAUGAUAGAUUUGAAAUGUAAUAUCUUCGGUUUACUGGUAGAUUAUAAUGUGAUAUUAAGUCUUUCAUGUCAUUUGUUGCGUCUGUUUACAUAAUAAUUGUUACUUAAUAUGUGUACAAUAUGAUUUUGUUCAGAAAAAAAGCAUAUGAUAAACUAUGUUUAGUCCAAGUUUUUAAUGAUCUUUGAAAAGAUACAAGGUACACCAGUUUAAUUAAAAAAUAUUUGCUGAAACACCUAUAACAACAUGAAUUAAUAUAUAGUUACAUCUAGUACUUUUAACAAUCUGAACAUUAACGACAAAUUUUUAAACAUAAUAUGAAUUGCACAGAAAUCCAGCAUAAUUUUUCUAAAAGUACUAGUCUUCAUAGAUACUUUAUCCGUAGAAAAUUAUUUUUAUAAUGAUCAUCAACGCUCUUUUGUAUGUCUAAUUUGAACAUGUAAUAGGAAUAUAUUAAACUUUUAACGUUUAUAUUUUUAGAUAACUAGAAUUAACUUCUUUUUUAGAUUAUGUGAUUUAUAAAUUGAUAUUUCAGUAUUAUUAAUAACAUACUUUGAGAUUAUUUAUCAUUCAAUAUGAAAUGAUUAAAUGAUUUAUAUAUUAACUUAUUAUAAGAGAUUCAAUGACAUCCUUGUUUAUUCUUUUGUUUAAAAGACAUAUACAUUUUAUUUUAUUUUUUUACGCUGUCUUAAUUUGUAAAUAGUUAUUUGGUAUAUAGUGUCUCGUAAGUCAGAUGUGUGGCUGGAUAUUGGUUGUGUUAUCAAGUGUGUAUAUUGUGUAUGAAUUCCUUUUAUUGCAAUCAAUAUGUGACACUUUAAUAAAUAGAUUUAUAUAUGUAAUCAACUAGAA